GACUUAGCGCAUGGAAAAUAGUUUCAACCCGAAGAACUGUUCUAAAAUAGAUAAAGAUGGCAGGUCGACCGAUUUUUCUGCCACAGGUGAAAACGGGGUCUCAAAUGUUUUAUGUUCAACUUGUUGAAUAUACUACAUGCCGACCACCUAGAAAUAUAAAUAUGGCCACGAAAAUAUGAUGAUUUGCAUUGCGACUUCAUAGUCAAACAUUAGUCCUCUAGACUCGUAAAACUGAUUUAUAUCAAUCCGUUUUAGAGAUUUUGAGAGAGGUUGACCGGUUAGAACAUCUAUGACGGUCAUUGUAUAAGCAUGCUAACUGAUAUUUUUUAAAAGGACCACGUGUUGAGAUAUAAAUAAUUCAAUCGCGCAAAACGAGGAGAACUAACAAUUUUUCUCGUUAAGGCUAACAAUUAGGAAUCUCUUCCCAGGCCACACUUGAAAAUAUUAAAAAGCCUAACCUUGGAAAAUUCAAAAGAAGACCUUGAAUCAUCUCUCUAGCUCUUGUGGUUGUAUCAGUGAACCUUUUUUGCAUCAAAUAUGCUGAACAAAUUUUCUUUUCAUUUAAUUGUCAUCUUGUCGGUGUUAGUUAUCGCAGGUCACUCAGGGAGUAUCGCAAAGGUUGUUGACCACAGUAAAGGAGUGUACAUGCAUGAUCAUCCCGAUUUCCCAUCAUUCACAGGAGGGCCUGGUGGUCCAUACCGCACUCACUACCUUCAUUCUCGGUUUGGAAUUGGUCACAGACGGAGGCGCGCAGUUAAGCACGAGGAAAGUAACCUACAAAUGCUGAGACCUGAAAAGAGGGAAGAUGGAUUCUGAUCGGUCCAGGAAAUCCUCACUUUAUAACUUAUUCACGGCUACUCCUUUAUACAGAACUUAAAAGAUCAUCGGAUAUGAGAGAAGCGUUUAAAGAAGAUCUGACCGGAAUCACGAAAUAUGAUUACUAGACUCUAAACACUUUUGCACGACUAGUGCAGUCUGCGGUUACAAGAGGACAUAAUAUCUUGGCAGUUAUUGUUGUAUAUCAUAUUACUUACAUCUUAAUUAACGUCUCUAAUUCUAGACAAGUGUUCCACGCCGGAUUUGGUAAUAUUCAUUAUUUAUUACAUGCAAUUUUAAAGUAACUCUUGACGAGAUAUCAUUGGCUUUGCUUCACACUAGAUCACACUCUCGACCAAUCAGAUGUAAAUAAAAGCUAUUGUGUCUGGUUCA